UAUCUCUCGUCUCGUGAAUAUUCUGGAAUUUUCAAAUUCCUCUUUCUUUUUAGUCUUUCCCUCCAUUCCGCCGCAUAUCACUAUAAAUUAUCAUCUUCGACAACCCUAAAAUCCAAAUCUCAAAUACGGGAAAAAGAAUAUCUUCAGAUAUUUGAUUCAUCGCAAAACUCCAAUUACGCACAUCUCCAAUUAUAUUUUGAUUUCAUGGAUUUCUUCAGAAAUCAGUGGGCCCCCGCGAGGUCUGUUCGUCCGGAUUUCCAGUUCAAAACGCCGGAGAGGAGGUCUCCGAGGGUGGUCCAGAUCCCGGUACACUUCGUCCGGUCAGAAUUGUCCCGCUCUGCAUCCGCCUUGAAAAUUCAGAAGGUUUUCAGGGGAUAUCUGGUGAGGAGGAGCGUGAGGAAAAUUGCAGCAAUUAAGCGGGAAGUGGACGCCAUCGAAGCUAGGGUUUCGCGGAGGGAGGUGGCGGAUCUGAUAAAAAAGAACGAGAAGGAGCGGCUGAAGGUGAACGAGAGCUUGAUGUCUUUGCUUCUGAAAUUAGACGCCGUGGGCGGCGGCGCCGUGGAUUCAGGGGUUAGGGUUUGCAGGAAGGCCGUAAUUAAGAAGGCAAUCGCGUUGCAGGAAAAGGUCGAUUCACUUUGCACCGAUCUAAAUCCAGAGACUGCUGAAAAGUCCGAUGCCGUCGCUGUUAAUGAUAACGGCCAUGAUCAGAAACAUGAGACGAUCAAUGAGCCCGAAGAGAAGGCAUUAAACAGUGAGGAGCCACAAUCAAUUUCGAUCGUUUGUGAUAAGAUGGAAGACGAUAGUGGGGAAUGUUCUUCAGACGAGGAAUUUGAAUCUCCUGAGCAAAAUGUGGAUGAGAAAAAUGGUAAACGAGAUUCGGAGCUGGGAAGGGAUGAACAGAGCUGCUCUGUUGACUGUUUAAUGGAGGAAGUGGAGGCUGAUGAGGAUCCAGCUGUAAAUGAAUUUGUUGUAGUGGACAUGCCAGAGCAGGAGACAAAUGAAACUAAGGAUGGUGGUAAGAACGAGAAAAUUGAGGUUAAUGAGGAAGGAAAAUGCGCCCAGGCUGAAUAUACUGAGGAGAAAAUGGAGCAGGAUGAUGAAGCGGACAAUGGGGCUGGGAUUGAAGAAGGGAUUGAUGCUGCUGUUGCAGAGAAGGGUGUAGAUGGAAAUGAUAAGGAGAAGACUGGAGGACAUGUUGGCGGUGAUGAUAAGAAAAAUGAAAUUAACCAAUUGAUGGAAAAAAUAGUGGAGGACAAUGGGAAGAUGAUGCAGAUGAUGAGUGGUCUGUUUGAGCGGACUGAAGCUCAAGCUAAGAUGUUGAACACGUUGACCCUGAGGUUGGAGCAGCUGGAGAAGGCCUUCCUGUGUGAUAAAAUCAGGAGGAAGAAGAAGAGGCAAUGUAGUUGAAGUAUCCAAUUCUGCUAAGGUUUUACUUUUAUUAGCCUUCGAUGAUUUGAGUCUUCAGAGACAUUUUGCCUUUUAUGAAAAAAUCUAUAGUGGUUAUUAGAGGUUAUAGACUUGAGAAUUUGCUUAAGAUCAUUAGAUUGUAAAGGUUUUGACUGUUAAUUCCUAAGUGAUGAGCGGAUUUCUGACUGAAUGAUUAUGUUUAGAGCAAAUUGUUUAUUGGUAAUGGUUGAUCUUGUUAGUUUUGGUUAUACAUUUUAUUCUGUGAGAGA